AUGGAUACCAAGACCUUGAUCCGGGCAUCUUGCGGUGGGAGCAUCCAGAACAAGUCAUUCGCUGAGCUAGAAGAACAUAUUGAGAUGAUGGCCCAAGAAGAAGACGCUCCGAAUGAGUACUCUAGAGAAUUGCCAAGGAAAGGCAAUGAUCAAACCAUACAGAUGGUUCUCGAACAAUUGGUUGUCCUCAAUGCUAAGCUCAAAGAUUCCACUCGAUCCUCUAGGACCGAACAUUCGACGCCAACACAAGAGGAGCUCGGUAUGUAUGCACUAGAUGAGAGAAUCGAAGGUGUGAACUAUGUGGCCAACAACCCCUACUCGAACUCAGUAUCCGACAACUCGAACCAAAGGAUUCCUCCCGGCUUUGCUUUUCAAUCAAGGGGUCCUAAUCAGACAUCCAACUACAGAGCUCCGGGACAAUCCUACAACAAUGUUGCAUCUCCAGGUAAUCUCGAAUCUAACCCUGAUACGUAUGGUCUCCUUAUACAGUUUUUGCAGAGUCAAGAGAAGAUGAAUCAGGAAUUUCGAGCUCAGUUCGCAAGCAUCGAGGCUCACUUCAAGAACAUAGACAACCAGAUUGCUCAGCUAGCAUCAGCCAUUCAAAGACCAUCUGGGUCUCUUCCAGGUAACUCUGAGACUAACCCUCGUGCGCAUGUCAACGCUAUUACCUUAAGAAGUGGUAAGCAGGUAGAUUCUGGAGAUCCACCGAUGGUUGAGCAAGGCGAUAGCUCGAGAACCACAGUUUUAGACACUACUGAUGAUAUACCUGAGCUAGCUUACGUGCCUCCUCCUCCUAGACCACCACCAGUACCGUUUCCAUCUCGCCUGAGGAAGCACAAUGAAGACAGCCAAUUCGCAGCACAACGAAGACAGCCAAUUCGCGAAAUUCCAUCGUACACGAAGUAUCUCAAGGACAUUCUGACCAAGAAGAGGAUCGCUGAGAAAGAAACUGUGGCGCUUACUGUCGAAUGCAGUGCUUUGAUCCAACACGACCUCCCGCUUAAGCGGUCUGAUCCAGGUAGCUUUUCAAUCCCUUGUAAAUUGGGUAAUGUUUCCAUCGAUCGUGCACUCUGUGAUUUAGGAGCUGGCGUCAGUCUUCUUCUGACUCUCCAACUUGACGAUCGUUCUGUCAAAUACCCCAUUGGGAUACUCGAGGAUGUGCCACUGAAAGUCAGAAACUUCUAUAUCCCGGUUGAUUUCGUGGUUCUCGACAUGGACGAAGACUCUAAGGUACCUAUCAUCCUUGGUCGUCCAUUCCUUAACACUGCAGAUGUUGUUAUCCAUGUUAGAGCAGGUAGACUAACAAUGAAGAGUGGAGAUGAGACGGUGGAGUUCACUUUGGACAAAAAUCUCAAACAACUGUCAUCAACAGAAUCUGCUUGCUUCAUAAACACACUCGACAAUUCAGCUCAGAAGUAUGAACCGAUCGUUUUGGGCCAGGAAACCGAUCGGUUUGAGCAUGAUCUCAAAGCGAAAAUUCUAUAG